AUGCUCUAUAAUGUAGAAAAUGUUGAUGUAGAAUUUGAUGGAAAAUGUCUAGCAACUAAAAACAGAAAUGGAAGUAAUAAUGGCCCAUAUUCAUUUGAUCAUGAUCAUUAUUUAGAAGAUAUAACACAACAAGCCAAAUACUCUAAGGAUAGUUGGAAUUACGGAUUGAAAUAUAUACAAAAUAGAAAAACUGUUGGAAGAAGAAAACCAAAUGGAUAUCUAUCUAAUGAAGAAAAAACAAAAAGAAUAAACAAUCUUAGAAAAUUAGAGAAUGAAGAAACUAGGAGAUUAAAACAAAAGAUAAAGGAGUUAAAAACCUUUAAAAAAGAAUACAAAGAAGUUUUUGGAGAAGAAAUCCCUGAAGACAAUUUUGAAUAUUACUUUAAUAUAGAAUUGAA